ACGGCAUUCGGCCCGUAUUACGAUUCGUGACUAUAGCGCCCAAACGGUACUUUAAUAAAAACGCGUAUUUGUUUUUUUAUGUCAUUUUUUGUGAUUUUAUUUACUAUUAUAUUAUGGAGUGGACUGACGAAGAAUGCUUACAAUUAAUUAACUUAUAUAAAUUAAGACCAAUCCUUUGGGAUCCUACUGAUCCUCAAUAUAAAAUGGUGAAAAAAAAAAUAGAUUUUUGGACGGAAAUAAGCAAGGAACUAAACCUAAAUGUAAAUGAAGUGAGAAAAAAAAUGGACAGCCUUUUAGCUUCUUACCGAAGAGAGAGACAACGUGAAGCCAGUAGUGGACGUUCAGGAGCUGGAACAGACGAGAUUUAUCGUUCAAAAUGGUUUGCAUUUGAAGAAAUGAAGUUUUUAAAUGAUAAAUUUAAACCACGGAUUACCAAAGAUACAGUUGAUCCGAUUGUCACGCAUAUAGAACAUGAUAAAUCAUGUGAAGACGUUAUUGAAAUCGAAUCUAUUGUGGAAGAUAAAUAUAGUGAAUAUGACACAAAUGAAGAGCAACCUCAAAAAGAAAAAGUUUUUGUUUCACCACAAAAACCAAAGGGAUUAAAAAGAAAAAAAAAUCAGGAAGACCCUACGAUAACCGAAACAUAUAAAUUAAUAAAAGAAAUUUCCAAUAAAAGGCAAACACCUAAAGUGAAGAAUGAUAGUAUUGUUUUUGGUGAGUAUGUUGCCAGUAAACUGGAGUUAUUUGAUCAACGUACAAAAACAAUGCUUCAACAUCAAAUAAGUAGUCUUAUUUGCACUACUGAAAUAAACUAUAUUCAUAAUAAUCCUGGUAACCAAAAUUUUCAAUUUAAUAUUAAUAAUCAACCUUCAGCCAGUUCAGCCAAUUCAAUGUCAUUUUCAUCUCCACUGUCAUCACCAACUGCAUCAUCUAUUCACUCUAUGUGUUCCACUCCACCUCAGUCACCAUAUUACCCUUCUAUAGUGCAACAGCCUUCUUAUCAUAUGUCUAACUUCCAACGUACAUACGAGUAUCAAUAUCAGCAAACACCGCCUAUUAACUACAACACAUCAGCUAAUGUCAAUACAUCAGAAACUAUCCCAAUUGAUGACCUAACUACUAUGUCAAAUUUAUAA